AUGGCUCCGCGGCGCAAGUCUGUCGCAUGGGCGAGUGAGUCGCUGACGGCUCUCGCAGUCCCCAAACACCGCCGACCCAAGUUCGACGUCCGCCUCAGAAUCCUCGACCUGAACAACGUCCCGCUCGUCUCUGGUAUUUCCUACGUGAAAUGGCACAUCCCUGGCUCCGCUGCCGCCGAGCACCGCGGUCGCACCGAGCGCCGUGCCAUCAAGGAGCACAAGGUGUUUUACGUUUACGAGAAGCACAUCCCUGUGCGCAUCACCAUCCAGAACAAGUCCAAGAUGCUCGAGGAUGCCUGGAUGCACUUUGAAGUCAUACAGGAGUACAGCGCCGGCGGCAAGAGCGACAGAAUCGUGUUGGGAAAGGUCGACAUCAACUUGUCUGAAUAUGUUGAGGCUAGCGAGCUGGAAGCCGACGGAGUAGUGCGCCGGUAUCUCAUGCAGGAAAGUAAAAUCAACAGUACUCUAAAGAUCGGAGUCUAUAUGAGACAGGUCGACGGAGACAGGGAUUACAUUGCUCCCUCGUUAAAGAACGCUCAAGUUUUUGGAGGAAUCGCAGGAAUCAUAGCUGGAGAACAGGUGGAAGCAGAUGAAUCAGGCCACCUGCCGACCCUGAGUAAAAACAGCCGUGCCGACGGAGAACUGCAAGAUAUGUACCGUCGGACAGAAAUCGCAUUCUGGGCCGCGCAACCGGGAGAGCUCCGCGCCGACGAGUGCAUCGAGGACAUAUUCAGUGGAGGAGACGGAUGGGGCAAUUUGGAGGGCAAGAGUCUGGGCGAUCGCUUGGGCGUGGAAGCAGACAGCACAUCUAUGAGCGACAGCGGAUCUCGAUCUCCUCUACGCGGAUGGCACAGGAGUAAUCCUAGCCAGGGAAGCAACAAGUCGCAGGAUACGCUCAAGAAGGUGCGAAUGCAAGGUCAUGAGCGCGGGCUUUCUCUCCGCGGCAGGGCUAGUCUGGAACAACAGGCAAAUCAGAUGAAGGCUGAGGCACAGAUGGCAAGGCCUAGACCGGCCAACGAGGUCGAGGAGCUGGAUAUUCGGGAAGAUUUGAGAAGCUGGUCGCUCCCCGUGCAUUGA